AUUAUUCACAUCCAAAAUGGAGUCAAACGAAAGUUUGCAAGGACACUUUCAAGAUUGCAAACUGGUUUCCUCAAUUUUAGAAGCUUUGAAUGACCAGAGAUUGUCGUCAAAGUUGUGUGACGUUAUACUGAAAAUUUCAGAUGAACAGAUUUAUGCCCAUUCUAACGUGUUGGCGUCGGCAAGUCCAUAUUUUGACUCGUUGUUCAGUGGACAAGAUUUGCCGAGGGCCUUUUCUCAAAAAACGCCUCAAAUUAUUGAAAUUCAUAUCGACGGUCCUUCAGAUCCAGGCUACAUAUUAGCUGUUCAAAAGGUUGUCGACUUCAUGUACACUAGCCAUAUUCAGCUUGACGAUGGUGUUCUUAUCCAGGUAUUGGAGAUUGCCAGAAUUAUGCAGAUGGCUAGCAUAAUAGAUUUCUGUGACCUGUACCAGCAAGGGUGUUUUUCUUGUGUCAUUGGUGAGCCACAAAAGUUGAAGCAAACUUGUGACACAUUUACUCAAACUAGUGAUGGAACAGUUAAAACUGGAAAAGAACUCAUUAUUUACAGAGAAAAUGGGACAGAUGAGAAAUGGAUUUUCAAGAAAGAUUUAAAUAGCAAAGUAAUAGUAUUGAAUGAAAGGGAUGGCUUAAAACGUAAAAGAGGCAGACCUAGAAAAAAACCAGUAGAUGAUACUUUAUUUGAUAACAAGGCAGAUCUUGGUUCAGUUACAGGUGAUCAGAUUACAGGUGAAAGGCAGUCUGAAAAUGAAAAUGAUAAGCGAAAUAAUGAAGUACCAGUUGAAGAAAGCACUAAUGAAUUACGGACAAAACCACUGCAAGAAAAACCUUUAAGAGUAAGUAAACAUGGUAGAAUAAUAAAGCCAAGGAAGUUUUCCGAUGACAUGGUAAGCUUUGUUAAGGAAGAGCCUUUAAGUGAUGUUGAAAUUGAAAACGGUAAAAUAAUUAAUGGUGAUUUUGUAAGAAAUAUAGAAGAAAAUGCAGAUAUAGAAAACAUUGUUGUGAAAGUUGAAAGUGAACAAGUAAAAAAAUUUGCAUGCGAACUUUGUGAAUUUACGACACAAAAUAUGAAAGAUUUUAAUGAGCAUAACAGGGACCAUUUACAUGCAGAAAAGAAGUGUAGUUACUGUGGUUGGGUCUCGGAGAAUCCAGAUGUUACUGAUGAAGAUUUCAAUGAGCAUGUUAAUAAUCAUAAAGGUUCAGAAAUGUAUUUCUGUACUUUCUGUCCGCAAAGGUUUAACACUAAAGCUAAAUUAUACCAGCAUUUGCCGAAGCAUUCAAAAACCAAACCAUAUGGCUGUGAUAUUUGUGGAGCCGGCUUUAAGUGGAAACAUGCCUUAAAGGCCCACAUGACAGUUCAUAAAGAUUCUAAGGAUUAUCUCUGUGAUAUUUGCGGGUUUGCCACAGCGCAUAAAACUCAACUGAAAGCUCAUCAUUUAAUUCAUACGGGUAAUACAUUCAAAUGUCCAGAACCAGACUGCGAAUACCAGUCCACCAAGCGCAGUAAUUUGAAACUUCACAUGAUGACUCAUUCUCGUGAAAAGCCGCACCAGUGUGAAUUUUGCGGACAGUCAUUCUCACUAGUGAAAAAUAUGAAACGUCACAUGUUACUGCAUACUAACGAUCGUCCUUUUAGAUGUGAAAAUUGUAGUUUCAGUACAACCAGAUUUGAUAAACUGAAAGAGCACUAUUUCAAGCAGCAUCAAAUUGGCGAAAAGCCAAAAAAGAAAUUUAGAUUGACGGAAUACCUCAAAAUGCAAGAAAUGGUAGAAAGUAUGGAAGAUGGGCAGCUGAAAGGUGAACAAAUAGAGACAGAUGUUCUAAAUAUAGGAGAAGAUAUGGAGACUAUAGAGCUGCAAGUGACUGAAGACACAAAUGGGCUAGCCACCACACAGAUUGUCAAUGUAACAAGUUCCACUGGAGAAGCAAUACCUAUAGCAAUAACUCAGAAUGGUGGAGAGAUUUCUUAUGAAAUCCAGCAAUUCCCUGUGCAAAUUGUCACACAAGAAAUUGUGACAGAAUGAAUUGUUUGGAAAAGUAGUCCCAUAUUUAUGUACCAAAGCACUGUUAUUUCUUUUGUAAACAUUUCAGGUAACCCUUGAAAGUAUCCUCUUUAAUACUAUAGUAUUAGAACGGUUUGGAUUUCAUACUUUUACAUCAUACAUGUUGUAUGGUUGCAGAUAUGUAUAGAAUUUUGUUCUGUUUCCAGUAAGAAUCUGAGCUGUCAAAACUUACAUUGUUGUAUGCUAUUCACUCAGUUUAUCCAUAUCCGUUCAGAUUUACCUGUAGCAAGCAACUCAGUUAGAUUUACUAAAUAUGUCUUAGCACAUGCUUAUGUGAUGGGAUUUACUACACAUAUGCAUACACAUAGACAUUGAAGUAUUGAAAUGGCGGUGCUCUGUUGUUAAUGAGGUCAAGGUCAGGUGAUGACUGUGUUCACAGGUGAUGGUAUAUGCAUCAGCAGUUCAUUUUUUGCUCAACUUUUAUAAAAGAAUUCAUUUUAAAAGAAUAGCAUUUUAAAUUUGCAAAGACCUGUUUUGCCUCAUAUGAGACUCGUUAUACAAUUGCAGAUGCAAUAUUUACUUGCAGUAGGUCAAAAACACUACAUAAUUAUCGUAUUUAUAGUAUUUGAUUACAUUUAUAGACAUCGGUUUAAGUAAGAUUUUCCUUUUGCAUAGGACUUAUUCAUUUGACAACUUUUUAUGCCCCCCUUCGAAGAAGGGUAUAUUGUUUUUAUAUUGAAUUUAUGGAACAGUUUGGAUUCGAUUCCCUCAUGAUUCUGAUCACCCAAUCGAGCAUGCUCAUACAGUUUCAAUAAUUCAAAUAAGCAUUUAUUAAUGGAGAUCGUAUGAAAUAUCAUGAUAAUAUACGCGUUUAAUUAG